CUAAAUAAAAGAUAAUGGCAACAGAAGUGGAAAUGGAAAAAAUGCGCCCGAAUAUUAGAGUGGAAAUUCAUAAUAAUCUGACUCAAGGUGAAGAAAUGGAUGUUGAUCCUGAUGAAAAUUUAAAAAGUGAUAAUGAAGAAGGUGAAAUAGUGGACGAUAACGAAACGCAAAAUAAACUUUUAUCUCCUGAAGUUACUGAGAUAUGGACAAAUCCAAAAGGAAUAUUUACCACAGGAAUAAAUAUUUUUGAUAAGGCAGAACAGGAAAAACUACAAGAGAGAGCCAGGCGGUUUGCAUUAAAGCCUGACGAAAUUCGUAAUUUUACAGAUGGCGAUUUGGAAGAAUUACACAAUAGUCUAGGAAUUACUUCUGAAAAUAGAAACAAUAUAAGAUUCGAAGCUGUUCAUAUUUUGGGCACCAAUAAUUUGAUUGCAGAAGACAUUUUGGAAUAUUUUAUAAAGUAUGCUCCUGCAGCAAUAGAAUGGGUAAGCGACAAUAGUUGCAAUGUGACGUGGUUAGAAGAUAUAUCUGCAGCCAGAGCAAUGUUUUAUGCAUCUAAAGUUGUGAGAGGGAUGCCAGCAAGAGAACCAUGUAAUCCAUUUGCGAAGGAAUUCAUAGAUGAUAUAGAAGAACCAGAAAUGGAAGGUACUGGUCAAAGCAUAUUACUCAAGAAUAUGAAUCGAAUAGUUGAACUAAAGGUAGAGAAGGUCGACUCAAGCCCCAAAAUAAAUUUAAAAAAUGCGGCCGACAUAUCCGAAAUAACUAUACCAAUUCCACCUGGUUAUUGGAGAUUAGGGGAGAAAUACACUAAAGCAAAAUGUUUACUACUUAGAUUUGCUUUCAAAACAGACAAAAAACCAUAUAAAAUAGAAUCAUUUAAUAAAUAUUACAAAAGUAUUUGUAACUCAAAAGGAAUUAUCCCCGAGAAUAAGAAGAAGGAGCUUAAAGGUAUUUUUGACAGAAAUCGUGAAAUGAAUCAAGAAAAGAAUCCCUGGGGUUCUUUAGCAAAAAACUGGAAUCGAGACGUCAAAUUUUGUGAAAAAGAACCUGAACUAAUUGAAAUUGAAAAACCCAUAGAAAUAAAGAAUUCAAGCAUUCGAGUUAGGUUAGGCACAAAAAAACAAAGUUUAGACGAGAAUACGCAAGAAAAUGUAGAAAAUGAAGAAGAAAAAGAAACAGUACAAACAGAUAAGAAAAAAAGUAAACUCCCCAGAAUGAGAAUGUAUGCUGAUGAGGAAGAAGAGAAGAUAAAAAGAAAGAAGUUGUUGCAAACAUUAAAGAAACAGUCAGAAAAGUUGUCUAGUGACGAGAGUUUAAAUAGAAGAGACCUGAGAAAUGUUUUAGGUAUAACAAAUAACAAAAGAACAUUUCUCAGGGAAGAUGUUCCAAUUGAGACUGUAGAUCUUGGCACAAGGUUAAAAAACAGAACCAAAAAUAUGGUAUUUACUGUAGAGAGAGACAUAAUUGAUCUCGAAGCUUAUGACCGAAAAGAAAAUGUUCAUUCAGAUAUAAGAUCAAUAAUAGAGCAACGAAGAGCUAGGUCUCCCCUUCACAGGAGAAGGUUGUCUCCUUCAUAUUGGUCGUCUGAAAGACCAACACCUAAAUACAAUAAAUAUAGAAAAACUAAUGCUCUAAGAAGAAGCAGGUCACCCAUUAGGAGAAGGUCAAGGUCACCUAUACAUAAAAGGAGGUAUGAAGGAACUCUCCAUAGCGACAGAAUUGAAAAUGAUAGGGCACACAGGCGCAGUCACAGAUUGAGAAAUUCACAUUAUUCUGAGGACGAAGAGAGUAACCACAAGCCCAAAAGCAAAGUGGCAGUUGUUAUAAAAACUCAGAAGAAACCUGCUGUGGCAUCAACUAUUUGGUCCAGAGUACAACCACAAUCUGAGAGCGAAAGUGACAGUGAGAGUUCAAGUGGAAGUGACUCUUCCAAAUCGGAGGAGGAAAGCAGUUCCAGCGAAGAGAGUGAAUCUGAGUCUGAAGAUGAUUCUUCGUCAUCAGCAUCCAGUAUGACACGAAUAUCGAGGCCAGGUUUUCGAAAUGCAAGUAAGAAAUUAUUGGAAAAAGUGGAUUACAGGAGCCCCUUGAAGAUAACAAUGACCAAUGAUCAUUUUAAGAAAUAGUCGCCCUUUAUAAAUGCGGUUAAUGCAACCACAAUAUUUUUUCUUAUUCAUUUUAGUACAUAAUUUUAUUAGUGUUAAGAUCAUAUUUUCACAUUUUUUUAUUAUGAUUAAGUGUGUAAAUUUAUUAUGUAUGAUAAAAAAUAUACAUCUUUGAUUAAACAAAGUGGAACUUUGUGAUAAAAUAAACAUAUUUUGAUGUACUUAUUUCUUAAUGUA